GAGUGACGCCGGGGCGGGGAGGCGGCCCUGGUGCAGGUACCGCCGGCAGCUUUCCCCAUCCCGGUCCCCAUCCAACACCCCUUCCCCUGAGGACCCCUGGCUGGCGAGCUCAUAGCGGCACAGGGCUGAUCGGGGCCUCUAGCAUUUCUAUAGCAGUCGUUUAGCGAGCCGGGUGAAGCUGAUUUCUCUCCUGCAAGGCUCAGUCCCUGAACAGCCGCUUCUGUCGGAGACAUCAAAUGGUGACAAACCCCGUCUUUGUAUCUUUGUAGGGACACUGGUGUAGCAGAGCGGGCAGGCAGCCUGUAGGCAAAAGGCACUGAUAAACAGGGAACACAAAUUGCUCUGAAGAGUUUAAGAUUGUGUGAAAAAGAUGUUUCCUUUAAAAGACUCUGUGAUGGGUGCCUCCACCUUCUUUGCCUCAGCUCUACCACAUGAUGUUUGUGGAAGUAAUGGUCUUCCUCUAACACCUAACUCCAUAAAAAUUUUGGGGAGAUUUCAAAUCCUUAAAACAAUCACUCAUCCCAGGCUUUGCCAGUACGUUGACAUUACCAGAGGUAAACAUGAGAGACUGGUUGUGGCGGCUGAACACUGUGAAAAGAGUCUGGAAGAUUUGCUACGUGAAAGAAAGCCUGUCAGUUCUUCAAGGGUCUUAUGCAUAGCAUAUGAGGUUUUGCAAGGUUUGCAAUAUAUGAAUAAACAUGGAAUGGUCCACCGAGCACUCUCACCUUGCAACAUUCUUUUGGAUCGAAAGGGACAUGUGAAGUUGGCUAAAUUUGGACUCUACCAUAUGACAGCUCAAGGUGUUGAUGUUGAUUUUCCUAUAGGGUACCCAUCAUAUCUGGCACCUGAAGUAAUUGCACAGGGAAUAGUCAAACCCAGUGAUCAUACUCAGUGUGAGAAGCCUCUGCCUUCUGGCCCUAAAUCAGAUCUGUGGUCUCUUGGUAUAAUAUUAUUUGAGCUUUGCAUGGGGAGAAAAUUAUUUCAGAGUUUGGAGAUAGCAGAAAGAUUGAAAUUUAUACUUAUGUUAGGCUGUGUAGAUGAUAUUGUAACUGUAUUGGCUGAAGAACAUGGUUGUCUUGAUAUUAUUAAGGACCAUUCUGAAAAUGUUAUAGCUCUGCUGAAGAAAUGCCUUACGUUCCAACCUUCUAAGAGGCCAACUCCAGAGGAAUUACUGAAUGACAGUUUGUUCAGGGAGGUAUCCUCUCUAUAUCCUCCCUUCCACAAACCUGCUGGUCUGUUCUCAUCUUCUCCAAGGUGUGCUAAUUUAACGCUUCCUGAAGACAUAAGUCAAUUAUGUAAAGAUGAAGAUAAUGAUUACUUAGCAGAAAGAUCAAUUGAAGAGGUUUAUUAUCUCUGGUGUUUGGCUGGAGGAGACUUGGAGAAAGAACUUGUCAACAAGGAAAUCAUUCGAUCAAAGCCACCUGUCUGCACACUUCCCAACUUUUUAUUAGAAGAUGGUGAGAGCUUUGGGCAAGGACGAGAUAGAAGUUCCCUCCUAGAUGACACAACUGUGACUUUGUCUCUGUGCCAGCUCCAAAAUAGACUGAAAGAUGUUGGUGGAGAAGCAUUUUAUCCAUUGCUUGAAGACGACCAGUCAACUUUACCUCAUUCAAACAGUAGCAAUGAGCUCUCUGCAGCUGCCAGUCUUCCUCUGAUCAUCCGGGAGAGGGACACAGAGUACCAGCUAAAUAGAAUUGUCCUGUUUGACAGGCUGUUGAAGGCCUACCCAUAUAAGAAAAACCAAAUUUGGAAAGAAGCUAGGGUUGACAUCCCUCCUCUUCUGAGAGGCAUAACCUGGGCUGCCCUGUUGGGUGUUGAGGGUGCCAUACAAGCAAAAUAUGAUGCCAUUGAUAAAGACACACCGAUUCCUACAGACAGACAAAUUGAAGUUGAUAUUCCUCGUUGCCAUCAGUAUGAUGAAUUGCUGUCAUCACCAGAAGGUCAUGCAAAGUUUAGACGUGUAUUGAAGGCCUGGGUUGUUUCCCAUCCUGAUUUGGUUUACUGGCAAGGUCUUGACUCUCUUUGUGCACCAUUUCUGUACUUGAAUUUUAACAAUGAAGAAUACCUGACGGUGUUUUCCCAGAUGAUUGCAUUCCAUGAUCCAGAGCUGAGUAACCACCUUAAUGAAAUUGGUUUUAUUCCAGAUCUUUAUGCAAUUCCUUGGUUUCUUACAAUGUUUACACAUGUCUUUCCUUUGCACAAAAUUUUUCACUUGUGGGAUACAUUACUGCUUGGAAAUUCCUCCUUCCCAUUCUGUAUUGGAGUUGCCAUACUUCAACAGCUGAGGGAUCGUCUUCUGGCUAAUGGAUUCAAUGAGUGCAUUCUUCUUUUUUCAGAUUUGCCAGAGAUUGAUAUUGAGCGUUGUGUUCGCGAGUCGAUCAACCUGUUCCGCUGGACUCCGAAGAGUGCUACCUACAGGCAGUACGCGCAGCCUCCACGGCCAGCCGGCGAGAGCAACGGCACAAGGACUUCCAUGUCCUGCUUUUCAGCAGACUAUCAGGAAGCACCUCGAAGUGACCUAUCUAGGGAUUCCAUCAAGUUGGAUGACCUGAAGGCAGAAGUGUCACCACGAAUUUCAGCAGAAGAUCUGAUUGAUUUGUGUGAGUUGACGGGACCUAGUCAUUCCAAAACACCUAUAAAGAAAACAAAGCCUAGCAAGCCAAAGCUGCUGGUGGUGGACAUUCGUAACAGCGAAGACUUUAACCGUGGCCAUAUUUCUGGAAGCAUCAACGUCCCAUUUGCAUCAGCAUUUACUGCAGAAGGGGAUCUCAUCCAGUGCCCAGCAACUGCAACGCUCCAGAGCUUUAAAGGAAGAGUCGUGGUGAUUGUAGGAAAUGCAGUGAAGAACACAGCCACCUUUGCAGCUCAUCUAGUGAAAAACAAAUACCCAAGGGUCUGCAUCCUAGAUGGAGGAAUCAAUAAGAUCAAGCCAACUGGUCUCCUCACUGUUCCUUCUCCACAAAUUUAAGUGACUGUAAACAUUCAGGACAAUCUGCCUGAAUGGGAAAGUCUUACCAUACAACAUGGACAUCCAGAACCUAAAGGGCAUUAUGGCAUCUUCAGUAUACAAGCUAUCCUGAUGAUCAGAGCACAGGAGCUUUGCAUUUAUUCUUUAAAAUAGAGCUUCAUUUGGAACAGAAGAAAACUGAACUGAAGCUUCAGGCUUUCCAAGAAACCUCUCUCAACACUGAUGUAGUGCACAAGUGGUUGAGCAAGUCUGAACACAGAAGGAGUAACUCAUCUGACACUUUGAAUCCUGUAUUUCUGCAGAACAAUAUAAACCGGCAUUUGAUGGCUCUAAGCUGCACUUAGGUUAUUUGAAAAAGUAUUUUACUGUGAGUAUUGAAAGUAACAAGCUGAAACUGUACCCUGUGUGAAUCCUGUGAAAAAGUGUGUUCUGUAAUAUUUUAAAGGAUAAUUUCUGUAUCUUGUGACCUGCUUUAUUUUUGAGAAAGCAUUUUUUCAUCUUGAUGGGAAAUAAAGAUGUGUCCCAGAUUGAAAGUCACUGUGUAAGAGCUGCUGCUGCGUCAAUCCAAAAUGUAUCAGGAGGUGAAAAAGUUCUACUCCUCUGUGGAGAAUUUAACAAUCUAUUUCCAUAAACACGUCACAUGCAACAAUUUCUGAAACAAUUAUGCUUACCAGAAAGGUGGGUUUUUAACAAUACUGUGUCUUAGGACUAUAAAUCAUUUAUUCUGCAAAUAAUAAAUCCUGUGUUUCCAUUUUAAAAGCUCAAGCCUUAAAAAUUAAAUUGCAAUUUUAAUUUUCUUAUGAAAACAUUCUGGACUAAAUGUUCUUGUAGGAAUUGGAAGUGCAAAAUUCUCUUUGAUAUCCUCCACUCUGUCAGCUAGUGGUGUCGAUUUUGUUAUUUUUUUUAAGUUCUUAAACAUGAACUUUAAAACUGACAGAUUGAGACAACAAACCUGUUCCUAAACUAAACUGGAUGCUGUAGAUGAGUGAAAGCAAGCUUCCACAAAGGGCAUAAGAUGACUCUGUAAUAAAGAUGUGGGAAUUACUUUGCAGUGAAAAGCCAAAAGUAUUUAAAGCACUGACAGAAACAGGAAUUGGCAUCUCUCUGUUGCUGAGAAGCUAAAAAUAAAUCUGAUUCGUACACCUCCUUUCAGGAGGUGUGAAAAAAAGCCAAAACACCACCCUAAUUUCUACCCCUCAAAAUCCCAGGUUAGGUUUGCUAUCUUGUCAGUUCCACUAUUACAAAUAAUGGGGGAGGUGGAAGAAAGGCUAGAAAAAGAAAAGAAUCUGUCUUCAAGAAUGGUACUUGAAAAUAGUACCUUUAAUCCAGGAAAACCAGUUAUGAUAAUGUAAGAGUGACAGUAUGGCACUGAAAUUAAAUGGUAAUUUGGAAGAAUUUGUUUUAAGAGACAAGGCUUUUUAUAUUUUUAAAUCUUAGAAAACACUGGUGCGACAUGAGGCUUAAUUAUCACUGAAGUGUGGGGAUUAAAAUGUAUUUUGUAAAAUUAACAAAAUAACACCAAAGAUCUGUUCACCUGGUUGCAGUCACAUAUUAGCUUGCAUUGUGAAUUUGACACCAUACUCUUUUAUUAGAGCAUCAUCUGAGACAUGACAGUUUCCACGAUACAAGCUCACUGCAGGGUAACAAGGAUUUGCUCUAGGAGAUAUGGUUAUCGUAUGCCUUCUUUGAGGACUUUAUAUCCUGAGUAGUUUUUAAUUUACCAAGCAUAACAGCAACUAACUUUGUUUAACUAGCAGCUAACUUUGUUUCCCUUUUCUUCUAUCACAGGAGGUUUCCAACCCUGAGAGUUCUGAGAGAGAGGUGGUCAGUGAGAAGGCUGUGAACAGUCUCUAUAGAUCACAGGCAACAUGACUGCUUAUUCUGUGGAGUUUUUUUAGCGGUGGUAGUUGUGGGUUUGGGGUUUCGUUGCUUUGGGAGGAGUUUUUUGAAGUGAAACCUUGGAAGAUGAGACUUUGUGGAAGGUGCUGAAAGAGGAAGUCUUCAUUCUCGCCUGUGCGAUGACCAGAAGAUUUUAUCCUGAAUCCUCAGAAGGUGGCUGGUAGCACUAUGUGCUGUCUUCAGGGAAGUUUCUUCUUGCCACAGUUAUGAUUUUGAAAACCCUAUUGGAAAAGUAUGAUGAGUGGAAAGAAUAUGGGGAGAGAAAGGAGAAAGGCACCUUUUAGCUUGCUUUAACUGAGCUGGGGUUUCGAAAACACUCUUGUGUCUAAAAAAAACCUGUGGAACUACAACAUGUUGAGGUAUAGAUAUAUAUAUAGAGAGAGAGAGAGAUUUGGGGCUUCUUUUGUCCCACGGUCAACAAAAUAUAGUGAAGCCUUGAAGAAGUUUUUUACUUUGCUUUCAGUUUGGCUAAGAUUCAUAGCCUAUGUAUUCCAUUUGCUUAAGGAUAUGUUUUUGACAGAAGACUUAAAAGCUGCCAUUAAGUAAAGGUUUACAUUAUAAAAUAAUGUUUGCCUGUAUUUUACAGCAGACAUUGUGAAAGAGGAUGUGUGUAAAGGCAGAAAAUAUCAAGAACUGCUGAACAGUAUUGAACUUUUUUUCCCAUGUAAAUAGAGGUACCUGGAAAGUUCUGUAGCUAACAGCUGGUUAUGACUUCCAGUUGCUGAUGUACCUGCACUUAGGACUUUAGUCAGAGUUCUUUAUACUGUGCUAAUAAAUAGGCCUAUUAUGACUAUUUGUUUUAAUUCAGUUAGUUAGGACAAGUGCUCAGUCAAAA